CUGAAUAUUUGUAAUUUUAUUGUCAAAGUGACUUAUUUCUAAAUCAGAGUUUGUGUAUAGAUUCACAAAAGUGGUUUAUGAGGUGUUUGGAUUGUAAUUAUUACUGAAUGGUUCUUUGAUAUGCAAAAUGAAUAUCAUGUUUAUUUUUAUUUUUGUUGGUUUUGUAUUUAAAUGGGGUGUUGAUUACAACCUUUGUUUUUCUUUCACUUCCUGAAUAAAGACCCAUUCUGUUUGGACACAACAUGGCUGCUGCUGCUGCUGCUGCUGCUGCAUGAGUGUAGACGGAAACAACAGGAGACCGUGAUAAUGUUGUUUUACGUCACAGAGAGAUUGUUAUGAUAAUCUACCAAAAAAAAGAUAAAUACUUAAUAUUUCAUAUUUUUCCGUAAGCUCCCUCAAACUGACUUAAGUACAGUUUUAGGAUUUCUUAUGCUCUAUAUUUGAAAUAGAAGUACUUUUUAUUGCACUACAUUUACCUGACAGCUGUAAUUACCAAUUACUUUUAAAAUUUUACAUAGAAAAGCUGAUGAUAAGCUUAUGAAAUACUGUGUGUUGUUAAAGAUGAUUUGUGAAUGUCUGUUAUAACUUAUAGACAUCUGGAAUCAGCAGUUCCACCAAAGACACAUUUCCUCCCUUUGCUCUGAAGUAACCGUUUAAUUAUUUAGCAAAACAUCAUUUUGAAUGUGUGAAGCAGAACUGAAUCUAAACAGCUACCUGUAUAUAAAGUAGUUUCAACCCGCUACAACAGUAAAUGUGCAUUCAUGCAUCAGUAUUAAUGUCAUAUAUCAUCUUGUAUAUCUCACAAGGAGCGUUUCCUGCAGAAUGAGUACUUUCACUUUUUGAUACUUUGAGACUUUUACUUGUACUGGAGUAUUUUUACACUUUGGUAUUGCUACUUUUACUUAAGUAAAUGGUCGAAAUACUUCUUCCUUUACUGGCAGGAACUUGAUAUGAUAAUCAAGAAAAACAGCUAAUAUAAUCAUAUCAUUUUAUGUAAUGAUAUUUGAUAAUAAUUGAAAAUUAAAAUAAUUUCAGCACACUUCCUCAUCAGUUCUGGCCUCAUCUAGAGCACAAAGUCAGAAACUGUGAGGUCAAUGAGGCACAAAUGACUUCUCCCAUUCAUUAAAUCUGACUUUUCAUAGAACAGCAGCCUUAUUCUACCAAGUCCAAGUGUCUCAUGUGGGAGGAAUCCUCACCCAUGACAUAAUGGAGCUGAUUCUGUUUGCACACGCAGAGUCUGGAUGCUGGCUGUUUGCUUUAGGGAGGAGAAGGGAGUGGGUCAGAGGAGGAGGAAGAGGAAGAGGAGGGAGGGUUGGAUGGAGCGAGUGCAGACUGCUGCUGCUGCUGCUGCAAAACACCGUCAGCAGCGAAAAAGGCAGCUGAGCUCAUGUACGCACACAUAUGAAAGCACGGCAGGAAAUAAAGAGAGACGGACAACAUGUUAACCGAGGGGUCGAAUCUCACAGGAGACCGGGAUCUGAGCAGAUAGGACGCAGGACACUCAACACACAGCGUGGGAUCAGCUUUUGGAGAUGAACAGCUGCCAAAUGUGGGCUGUUUCACCAACGCUGACCUCAUCGCUGCAGAGCAGAACUGCCGGGCGGGGUUUCUCCCUCACAGGACCUCACACCGGCUCUGAGGCCAGGUCACUGCCCCUAAAAACAUGCUGGAUACGCUAACAGCACACAGGCUUGUGUGUGUGUGUGUGUGUGUGUGUGUGUGUGUGUGUGUGUGUGUGUUUCACAGCAGCUGCACGUGUCCUUCCUGUUUAUCUCCUCGUGUUUACUGUCCCGUCAGUACGCACGUCAUUUGUCCCUUGUGGCGUGUGUUUAAAAGAAAAGACUUAUUAAGAUUUAUUUUUAAAUCCAGAUAAAGAUGAUUACACAUUCUGACAGACAGCCAGAGAGCAGAUGUGAAGCUCACAUUCUCACACCCAUGUGUGCAGAGAACAAACCAGUGUAUCAAUGGAGUCCAUAAAUCUUCAAUUGUCUUUUGCAUUUGGCCCAAAACCCCCGAAGAAAAACAUCUUGAUCACCUUCCAUAGAUUAUAUAAUGAAAUGUUUGAUGUCCAACAUCUGUCAGUUUCUCUCCCUGAAACAUAAACGUAUAAAAAUCAAGUCGUUGCUUCAUGAUUAGAUUCCCCUGACAGGAAUUUAGCUGGAUGUUAUGUCAUAAUUCUGGAAUGUUUUUGGGACUUGGAACAGAGACAAAGGUUUGGUUUGAGGUCACAUGCAAUGAGAGGCAGAACAUCAGCCUGUGAGCCACAUCUGGCCUCAUGCUGCUCUCCAUCACAAAUUAGAUCCACUAAUUAUUGCUAACUAUGCUUUUGUUCCGUCUGCGUCCAUGACAACACCACUGGAAGUGUUUUAUAGCAUCAUGAAAACUGAUAACAGGUUGUGGUCAGAACCUUGUUGAAGAGUCUGGCACCGAGACGCACUGUUUCUGUCUUUUAUUCAACAUCUUUGAGGAAUAAACCCUUUGAGAUGUCCUGUCUCAUUUUCAAUCAUACAAUACACUUAAGCAAAAACAAGAACAAGAUAAUUAAACGAUACCAAAAUAUAACAAAAAUAUAUAUAAAUAUGAAAUAAUAAGACAGGUCAAACUCAAACAGAGCAUGAAAAAGGAUCAACGUCAGUGAUAGCAUUACGCAAUAAAGACAUAAUAAUAGAGACGUCAUUAUGAACCAACUGAUCCUAUAAUAAGAAGACACGAUGAUAUGGAUGGAUGGAAUAUUUACAGGUAGAUUAUUAUAAUCAGAGAGAGCUUUAAACAUAAAGACAUUCUUAGCUACUUAGAGGCUGCAGGAACAGGAAUAUGAAGCUGUACAGAUUGUCUCAAUUGAUAAUUUGAGGAGAAAACUACCAUCAACUGUUUUAGGUAGUGAGGGAAAUUGAAAUGUAUACAUUAAAAAAUAAACUGCAGCCAAUGCUGCUGUCUUCUUAUGGUCUUCUCAUCAUUUGCUUCUUAUCUUUCCCUUUUAAACAUCUGCAAAAACAAAACCUCUCUGCUUUUAAUUAUUGAUAAAUAAUGCUACAUAUAUAUAUGGAAAGAUGAUCUCCAUGUGUGUCCUAAAAGCACAGGAGACGUGGAUAACGUUCUGUGACCACUGAUUGUUUGUGUUUUCCAGAUGUGAAGCUGUGGGCGUUGAUGGUGCUGGUGUGUCUCUCCCACUGUGUCUUCGGACAGCUGUUUGACACCAGAGUCAAAGGAGCGCCACGUCUGAUCUGCAGCGUCCCCGGGUCACCGGGCCCCGCCGGCAGACCCGGUCCCGGUGGGCCCCCGGGAGCGGAUGGGAAUGUGGGUAUCCCGGGAAGAGAUGGCAGAGAUGGCAGGAAGGGUGAAAGGGGAGAGAAGGGAGACGCAGGGUUGAAGGGCAGAGUUGGCCCAACGGGAAAGAUCGGGGGCCGAGGUGAUCGUGGCCCCGCUGGGAAACGAGGCCCCGCAGGAGAGAACGGAGAUUUGGGCCCUCCCGGAUCUCCCGGCACCGACGGAGAGAAAGGGAACCAGGGCCAAAGAGGGUCACGUGGAACCGCAGGAACCUGCAGGUGUGGCAGCCUGCUGCCUAAAUCGGCCUUCUCCGUGGGAAUCACCAGCAGCUACCCUGCAGAGAAAACCCCCAUCAAGUUCAACAAGGUCCUGUUUGACGAGGGCGGACACUACAACCCGCAGACGGGCAAGUUCAUCUGUGCGUACGCGGGGAUUUAUUAUUUCUCCUAUGACAUCACGCUGGCCAACAAGCACCUGGCCAUCGCUCUGGUGCACAACGGGCAGUAUCGCAUCAAAACCUUCGACGCCAACACGGGGAACCACGACGUGGCGUCUGGGGCCACCGUGAUGGCCCUGAACCCAGAGGACGAGGUCUGGCUGGAGAUCUUCUUCCACGACCAGAAUGGAUUAUUUGCAGACCCGGGCUGGGCUGACAGCUUGUUCUCUGGCUUCCUGCUCUAUGCAGACACAAACUACUUCGACACACUGGCAGAGGACUAUUCAUAAAACACAAACUGCUAAUCACUCUUUUGUUUUUUAUUACACAUGUGGUCAAACUAUAUUUUUAUACAGAUGUGUGUACUGCUAGUUAUGUUGUUACUAUCGAGACCUAUCUGCUGAUGUGAGAUUAUAUUAUGUGAUAAAGCUCGAAUACGUUUCUGAUGUAUUUGUUGUGGCUGGGAGUUGGAUCAAUAAUAACUUAAAUAAAUGUUGCUGACUGCUA